AUGUUCUUUAAUGUUUUCAACAGUAACAAUAACAAUAACAGUAACAGUAACAAUAACAAAAACAAUAACUUCACUUAUAGCAAUAACAAUAUUAAUUAUAAUAAUAAUAAUAACAAUAAUAACAAUAAUUACUAUAACAAUAAUAUUGCUACUAAACCAACAAACACUACAAAUACGACCAACGAACCAACAACAAUAUCAAUAUCAACAGCAGCAACAACUCAAAUUACAGCAACUACAACCACAGCAACAACUAUCGUUCGAACUUCUGAAAUACAAAAAAGACAAACAACACAAAGAGAGAGAAGAAUUAUCGAUCCAUCUGAUGUUCACCCAUCGUUAUUCCAAAAAGGACAAAAGGUCUUUGCUAAAUCAAAUAUAGAUUCAACUAUGAGACAUGUCUAUGAAUGCAAUUGGUAUGUUUACAUUUAA